ACAAGGAUCCUGUGAGGAGUGACGCCUUUGUGAACAUCAAGAAGGCCUCAUAUCAUCAUGAUGUCUUGGUACAGGGAGCAGUGACCCCUGGCAUGGCACGCCAUGGCAGAUCCAGGCUCUGGAGCCUGGGCUGCUCCCAGCAGAUGGCUGCACACCCACUGCAAGCAGCCGUGCCCCGUGUGCGGCCCUGCAUGCUGGACACUGCCAACAGGUGCCGUGCAUGAGUGCGGGGACAGCGAGAGCCCAGGCCCCCUGCUGGGUGAGAUCCCUUCAAGGGGAGACGUGGCUGUGGGCCUUCCCUUCACGGCGGGAGCUGGAGGAGCAGGACCCAGGAGGUGUGCAGGCAGGGGCUGAGGGUGCAGAAGUCCCUCGUGUCAUCCAGAUCGGAGCCAAUCCAGCACCAAGAGCUCUAGGGGCAGGACGCGAUGUAGACCAUGCAGCCCCCUUGUGAGGCCGAGCUGCCCUCCGCGACCCCACAGCUGGCACCGCGGGAUGAGCUCCCCACCCCAGAGCCCUGGCACCAGCUCUUCCGUGGCCUGCACUACCAGGAAGCCGAGGGCCCAGGGAAGAUUUGCAGCCGCCUGCGGGAGCUGUGCCAGCGCUGGCUGGAGCCCCAACGCCGCAGCAAGGAGCAGAUCCUGGAGCUGGUGGUGCUGGAGCAGUUCCUGGCCAUCCUGCCCCAGGAGAUGCAGAGCUGUGUGUGCGGGUGCCACGUGGAGACCUGCGCCCAGGCCAUGGCCCUGGCUGAGGGGUUUCAGCUGGGGCAGGCGGAGAAUGAGAAGCUCCAGGUCACAGUGUGUGUGAAGGUCGAGGAGUGUCCCUCAGAUGAGAUGCAGCUUCCUGAGGCCCUGCCAGAGCCUGGUGAUUCCUGGGUGCAGCAGCCAAAGGCCCAUGGUGAGGACAGGCCUCUGGAGGAGGCAGGAGAGCAGGAAACCCCAGGGCCCAAGGACAAGCUGCUUCAUGUCCUCCAUGAUGAGCCCCCGACACACCAGGAGUCAGGUGCUGGGACCCUGAGCAGAGCGGAUCAGCAGGCUCCCAAGGAAGGGCCUGUAAACCUGGAGCUGCAGAGACCCUCCCCAGGGAGUUGGGGACAGAGCGGCUCCCUGACACCUGGGCCCGGCCAGCUGCAGAUGGGGCAGGGCAGGCCUGCAAAACAAGGGGAAAGCAUGGAGCUCCAGGAGGUGUUUGAGGACGUGGCAAUGUAUUUCACACGGGAGGAGUGGGAGCUGCUAGAAGAGGAAGACAAGGGGCUUUACCAGGACCAGAUGCUGAGGAACUACCAAGCCCUCCUUUCCCUGGGAUAUCAAGGUCCCACACCUGACUUAAUUGGCCGCAUCCAGCGAGGACAGGUGGAGCUCUGGGUCUGUGAUGAUGAGGACCGUGGGGAAAUCUCAAAAUCGGAGGACCUGCUGCCAGGAGGUGCCUGGCCACUGAGCAGAGCUGAGGAGCAGGCUCCUGAGGAAGGGCCUGCAAUCCUGGAGCCACCAUGGGCUUCCCCAAAGAAUUUAGGUGAGAUGGACUCCUUGCACCCUGUGACAGACAAAUGGCACAAGGGUCAGGGGAGUCCCCAAAGGCAGAAGGAGAAUGUAGCAGUGAACAAGACCUCGCUUCCAAUUGGGCAAGAUAAUGAAGAAGGGAAAGAAGCCAGAAAGAGCCCAGGGCACAGGGAAGAUUUUGUGGUGCUCAGGAACAUGAAGAGGCACAAGGCAAAGGUCUGCCGGAGAGAGAGACUGCAUGCAAACCAAGGCAGUGAAGAUGGCCUCAGAGGGAAGCAGAAGAUCACUGCCGAGCACAGGGAGAGAGCCCACCCCUUCCCUGAAUGCAGGAAAAGCUUAAGCUGCCCCUCACUCCUGGCUCUGCACAAGAUAAGGUACGUUGGAAAGAAGCCCCACAUGUGCAGCAAGUGUGGGAAGAGCUUCACCUGCCUCUCAACCCUGGCUGCUCACCACCAGAUCCAUUCUGGACAUCUUCCCCACCACUUCACCAAAUGGGGAAAGAGCUUUGUGGGCUGCUUGGAGCUGGUCAAGAACCAAUACGUGCACAGGAAGAAACAUCAAUACCUCUGUGUCACAUGUGCUAAGAUCUUCACCUCUUUCUUCUCCUUGGUUCAGCACCGUCGCAUGCACUUGGGGAGGAAGAGAAAUCAUUGCACCAAGUGCAAGAAGAACUUCAUCAGCUGGCAAGGCCUGUCCCAGCACCAAUGUGUGCCAAGGGGGCAGCAGCCACUCCAUGGCAGCAAGAGAGUGAAGAGCUUCAGGAAGCCCACCAACCUGGCCAGGCACAAGUCCAUGCACACAAGGGAGAAGCCACAUAAGUCCUCGGAGAGUGGAAAGAGCUUAACCCACUACCCUUCCUUACCCAAAGGUCACCUCAUCCACACAAGGGAGAAGCUACAUGACUGCUCUGUGUGUGGGAAGAGCUUCACUGACUCCUCCAACCUAGCCCGACACCAGCUUGUACACACAGGGGAGAAGCCACAUCACUGCUUUGUCUGUGGGAAGAGCUUCACCCAAUCCUAUAGCCUGACCCAGCACCAACUUAUCCACACAGGGGAGAAACCACACCAGUGCUCUGAGUGUGGGAAGAGCUUCACCCAAUCCUCCAACCUGGCCCAGCACCAGCUUAUCCACACAGGGGAGAAGCCACAUCAGUGCUCUGUGUGUGGGAAGAGUUUCAGCAAAUCCUACGGCUUGGCCCAGCACCAGCGCAUCCACUACACAGGGGAGAAGCCACAUCAGUGCUCUGUGUGUGGGAAGAGUUUCAGCAAAUCCUACGGCUUGGCCCAGCACCAGCGCAUCCACUACACAGGGGAGAAGCCACAUCAGUGCUCUGUGUGUGGGAAGAGUUUCAGCAAAUCCUACGGCUUGGCCCAGCACCAGCGCAUCCACUACACAGGGGAGAAGCCACAUCAGUGCUCUGAGUGUGGAAAGAGCUUCACCCGAUUCUCCCGCCUGGCUGAGCACCAGCACAUCCACUAUGCAGGUGAGAAACCACAUAGGUGCUCUGAGUGUGGGAAGAGCUUCACCUACACGUCUAGCCUGGCUCAGCACAAACUCAUCCACCACACAGGGGAGAAGCCCCAUCAGUGCUCUGUGUGUGGGAAGAGCUUCACCUACUCUUCCAAGCUGGCCCAGCACCAGCGUAUGCACACACGGGAGAAGCCACAUCAGUGCUCUGUGUGCGGGAAGAGCUUCACCUAUUCCUACAGCCUGGCCAAGCACCAACUUCUUCACACAGGGGAGAAGCCACAUCAGUGCUCUGUGUGUGGGAAGAGCUUCACCUACCCCUCCCGUCUGGCCCAGCACCAGCGUAUUCACACACGGGAGAAGCCAUAUGAGUGCUCUGUGUGUGGGAAAAACUUCACCCAUGCCUCCAACCUAGCCCAACACCAGCGUAUUCACACAGGGGAGAAGCCACAUCAGUGCUCUGUGUGUGGGAAGAGGUUCACCCAAUCCUCCCACUUGGCCGAGCACCAGCACAUCCACACAGGGGAGCGGCCAUAUCAGUGCCCUGUUUGUGGGAAGAGCUUCACCCACGCGUCCAACCUGGCCAAGCACCAGUGCAUCCACAAGGCAGAGAAGCCCCAUCAUUGCUCUGAGUGUGGGAAGAGCUUCACCUACCCCUACAACCUGGCUCGGCACCAGCGCAUCCACACAGGAGAAAAACCAUAUGAGUGCUCUGAGUGUGGGAAGAGCUUCACACACUUCUCCUACCUGGCCCGGCACCAGCUCAUCCACACAGGGGAGAAGCCACACCAGUGCUCUGAAUCUGGGAAGUGCUUCACCCAGUCCUCCCACUUGGCCGAGCACCAGCAUACCCACAUGGGGGAGAAGCCACAUCAAUGCUCUGUGUGUGGAAAGAGGUUCAUGUAUCCCUCCCGGCUGGCCCAGCACCAGCGCAUCCACAUGGGGGAAAAGCCACUCAAGUGCCCAGUGUGUGGCAAGAGCUUCAGUAAAUCCUAUGGCUUGGCGCAGCAUCAGCGCUUCCACUACACAAGGGAGAAGCCAUAUCAGUGCUCUGAGUGUGGGAAGAGCUUCACCCAGUCGUCCCACCUGGCCAAGCAUCAGUGCAUCCACAUGGAGGGAAAAACAGUAUUGGCACUCAGUGUGAGAAGAACUUCAUCUGCUCCUCCACCAUGGCUGAGUACCAGUGCAUCCACAUAGGGGUGAAGCCACAUCAGUGCUCUGAGUGUGGGAAGAGCUUCACCUAGUCCUCCAGCCAGACUGAGCAUCAGUGCAUCCACAUGGUGGAGAAGCUACAUCAAUGCUUAGAGUGUGGGAAGAGCUUCACCCAUUUCUCCCAUGUGUUCCAGCAUGAGCACAUCCACACCUGGAAGCAUCCAUACUUCUGCCCACAAUGCAAGAGGAGCAUGGGGAUGUCUACCUGCUCAGCACCCACCAGCAGGUGCAUUUAGGCAAGCACCCUCAUGCUGGUGGACUGCAGAAAGAGUUCCCCCAGGCUUCAUCCCUUGUAGGGCACCGCAGAAGCCCAGGGCCCAAAGGCUGGCCCUCAAGGUGUGAUUGCAGGGAGGGGCUAAGAGGAAACAUCACAGGCAAAGAUCAGCCCUGAUGCUGGGGGAAGAUGAGUAAGAGAGGACUUUUGCACCUGCCUUGGAACCUGUUCAUUCCCUGCUCUCCAUCCUGACCUCACCUUUCCUCACCACCACAUCACCCAUUUCCCAAACCUGCCCAUGCCCAGUGCGGUCUGCAAGGAGCUGCUCCUGCCAUCCCUGAACCUUUUUUACCUGUUUUCCUUUUCAGCCUCCCCAGGACUGUGCACCCCUGGGUGCCUGCUGCCUCCCUCCCUUUGUUGCGUUCUCUAAUGCAUUCCCUGUUGUUAAAGCCCCAGAACUGAACAUGCUACCCCUGUCAUUGUUCUCUGUGUCCUCUCCAGAGCCGGGCAAUGGAGCAUACCAGGGUCCACAACCCUUUCUAGGGCAGAUCCCUCUGUGACUUCCCACCUCUUUUCUUUCCAGAGCAUUCACUGCAAUGUGGGGCGUGUUUCUAACCCUCAGGAGCAGGAGUUGGUCUGACUUGUCAUAUUGAAUGAAAUAGUGUGAAUGUUUGUAAAGGUUGCCCAUUAGCCAGUUUCAGGAAGAAGAUAGUAUUUAUCUCCUUAUCUAGCUCAUUGUUUUUGGGACUACGUG